UUAGGAGAUAGAACUGCCUGGAGUCUUAGACAUUCAUGUUUUCCUCUAUACGUCUUUACUAAUUACUAUAUAAGUGAUUAUUAUAAAAUAUAAAUACUUUCACUAGAAUGUAUUAAACUAAAACAGAAUCGUGGACCUUGAUACAUUGAUUACAUGAGCAAAAUAGUAAAUUGAGUUUUACGAUAAUAAAUUAUUAAUUUAAUCAUAUCUAUUAUUUAUGACGUUCACACUUCACGGUCGCUAUUCGCCGGUCAAUGUUGAACGUAAAUAUUAAAUAUUACUAAUGUAACAUUAGUGUUAAUUGGUUUCUCGUCUUUCCGCACACUCCAAGGUGGUCCAAUUUCCAAAUCUUAAACGCUAGCUCGAAGUUGAACAUCAGUAUUAAGAUAAUAUUUUUAAUUUGAGUGAUCUUCCACAAGUCUGUUCUAACUCUUUUUCAACAAUGAAACUCUUUUUAACCGGCGCAUCUGGCUUGUUGGGUAGGGCUAUUUACAAACAUUUUCUGAACGAACCGGAUUGGACUGUGUGCGGGAUUUCGUUCAAAAGGACAAGUCCUGGGUUGACAAAACUGGAUCUAUUAGAUAAAGAUGCAGUCACUAAUCUUCUUAAUACCAUUUGCCCUGACAUUAUUGUUCACUGUGCUGCAGAACGGUUUCCAGAUAAGGUAGAAAAUGACCCGCAAACUGCUUAUGAUCUGAAUGUUGGAGUAUCGGCUCAUUUAGCUGAUGUAGCAAAUAAGCUUAAUGUACCAUUGUUGUAUAUCAGUACAGAUUAUGUGUUUGAUGGAGACAAAAGUCCUUAUAAAGAAAUUGACGAACCUACACCUAUAAAUGAAUAUGGAAAGUUGAAGUUGCUAGGUGAAAAAGCCGUCUUUGCUGCUAAUCAAAAUAAUAUCAUUCUUCGCAUUCCAGUACUUUAUGGACCUGUCGAAAGUUUAGAAGAAAGUGCAGUUACAUAUUUGUUCACUGGAUUAAAAAAGUGUCAACAUAAUAAUGAAUUAUUUAAAGUCUCUAAUUAUGAACUUCGUAAUCCAUCAAGUGUUGAUGAUAUAGCACAGAUUGUGUUUAAUUUAGUAGAAAAAAAAAUUGUAUCUAGUAAUGACAUCAGUGGAAUUUAUCAGUGGUGUGGAAAAGAAAUGUUUACAAAGUAUGAUAUGGUGGCUAAAAUGGCUAAAAUUUUUAACAUGAGUAUGGAACAAGUGGUUCCAGUAAAUGGACAAGGUGGAGUGAAACGCCCAUUUAAUACUCUAUUAGAUGUUUCACGUAUAAAUAAAUUAGGAAUUGGAACACAUACUAAUUUUGAAGAUGGAAUAAAAAUUGUAUUAACCAGUUGGAUUGAUAAAUAGUUGUUUUUAAAAUGAUUAAAUAUGAAAUAAAAUAAA